CCCCCCCUCCCUCUGAAAAGGUUGUUUCUUUUUUCUCUCCCCUUUUUCCCAUUGCUGCACCCCGACCCCCGAACUGGACACCGCCGGGGCCGUCUGCGAACUGGGCAUUCCAGUUCUCCUCUCAGUUCACGAUACCAAAGGUUUCUGGGAUUUUCCCCAUGUACCAUCUUCCUAAUUAUCGAUGGUGCCGUACCACCCUCAGAUUCUCAUGGAGCGACGGUGUGUCGCCGACCACUGUGCCAAAGAGGCAAUGCCUUGCGUUUCUCCCUGUCUGUCCGAACGGAGCCCCGGCUUCCCAUCCCCCCUGGGCACUCUCUUCUUUGUUGGUGGGUAGAAAUAUUGAGAAAAACGCAUGCGCCUUCGGAAUCGACUCUGAACGGCCGUCGACGACCGCCGCGAACCGCCCCCCCGGGCCCUCGGAGGCGUGCCGAAGUCUGCCGUUGACAACCCAAGCGAAGUUGAGCCUCGCCGAACCGGCCGAACAGCCAUCCAGGACCAGCAAACCUUUCUCGGCCUAUCCCGCUGUCCACCGCGGGAAAGCGAGUGAGAGAUCUCGAUGGCUCCCCUCUAACCCCCCCUCCCAGUCUCCCAAUGCUCCCCGCGCCUCGGAGGCCUUGCCGAGCGUGGAGGGCUACAGAUGGCCGUUGAAAGCUCCCAGCACGAGCAAACACUCCCGUCCAACGGCCCUGUCUUCUGAAUCUCCGGGAUCAAGCUCCCGGAGCUAUGAGCCGAGCCGUUUAACGCUCAUAUACUUUCCAAUCUCCUUCCUACCCGCUCACACACAACCACAAAAGUUACCUUUCAUCGGCAGCGAAGUGGCCGCGACAGGCCAAAGUCUCUCUAUUUUCUGCUUGCCAUCAGACCCUGGACCCGACUAGGUACCAACCCCGUCCGCUUCUUGACACCCACCCUCCUCCCCUCCUCUUUCUCCGGAAGUUCCCUCGGACCCAAUAAGAAAACGAACAGUGGAUCUGUUUUUGGCCACCCGUCAUGCAAAACACACCUCCCUCGCGUCAGAGGACUCCAGAUCGUCUCAACAUUUGCUUCCCCCGGCACCAGCGCCGAGGAACACGCCAAGAAACGUUAUUCAGAAACUCGGACCGCAGGUUGGCUGCUCCCUCUCCAACGCUUC